GUAAUAGAAACCUCUUCUUCCCAAAAUGCAUUACGCGAGACCGUUGAAAGUCGUGCAUCAGGAGAUUCUUAGGCAGCAUGCGGUUAACUUAGUGGCAGCUCGGUUAAGUAGAGCCGAGCCGCCACUUAGAAAAGAAGUAGUUGAAUACAUUUCGGAUUCAAAUUCGCAUUUAUGGAGCAUGAGGAAGAGCCGUGCGAAUCUCUUCAGAUUAAGUUCAGUUUUCUCUGGUUUACUCGGAACCGGAGAAUGGUUUCAAGACAUCUGCAGGUGGAAGAAACCGGUAGCAAGUACAGCUAUUCAUGUAAUCUACCUUGUGUUAGUGUGUUCGCCGGAGAUGAUUCUUCCGGUGAUGUCGCUUUGCUUGUUCAUGCUUGGGGUAUGGAACUACAGGCUCCGUCCAAGACAACCUCCACACAUGGACACAAGACUUUCAUUUGCAGAUAAUAUCCACCCUGAAGAGCUUAACGAAGAGUUUGAUACCUUCCCUGUUUCGUCUCAAGACCCGGGGAUUGUAAAAAUGCGGUACGAGCGGCUGAGAAGUAUCGCAAGUAGAGCUCAAACGGUUGUGGGAGAUAUAGCAGGUCAAGGAGAAAGAGUUCAGGCUCUGUUAAGCUGGAGAGAUCCAAGAGCAACUUCGAUCUUCAUGGUGCUUUGUUUGGUUUCUACUGUUGUUUUGUAUGUUGUGCCGUUUAAGGUUUUUGUUCUUCUUGCCGGACUAUACAUCAUGAGACAUCCAAGAUUCAGGGGAAAGACACCUCCUGGACUUAUUAAUUUCUUCCGACGACUUCCUGCUAAAACAGAUUGUAUGCUGUAGAAUGCUAAAACGUAUAAGAAACAAGCAAAUUUUUU